AUGAAUAACAAAGUAAUGGCACGACAAAGAUCACAAAGACCACAAACAGUUCUGCAACAAUCGAACAAAUUUCGAGAACGACAUCAACAACUAUAUCAACAAUAUCAACGAUUACAAGAUAAACGACAAAUUAUUGUUUUCUUUGUUAAUCAGGCGGUUGAUGGCAAAAAAUUUGAAACGAUUAAUCCAGCAACAGAAGAGGUGAUUACAAAAGUUGCAGAAGCGUCAGCAAAGGAUGUUGAUAUUGCAGUUGAAGCGGCAAUAGAUGCUUACAAUAAUGUAUGGUGCCAUGUGGAAGGCAAGGAACGUGGCAAAUUGUUGAAUAAAUUAGCUAAUCUCAUGGAACGUGAUUUGGAAGAAUUGGCAGCAUUGGAAUCAUUAGAUAACGGUAAAGCCUUUUCUAUUGCAAAAGAUGAUAAUGUACCCUCUGCAAUUGAAGUUUAUAGGUAUUAUGCUGGAUGGUCUGAUAAAAUUCAUGGAAAGGUGAUAGAAACUUCACCCGAUAAAUUUACAUACACAAGACAUGAACCUUUUGGUUGUGUUGGUGCUAUAAUUCCUUGGAACUUUCCUUUGGAAAUGCAAUCAUGGAAAUUAGCACCAGCUUUAGCAUGUGGAAACACUGUAGUUUUGAAAACAUCUGAAUAUACACCGUUAUCUGCAUUAAAAGUUGCUGCGUUAAUCAAAGAAGCAGGAUUUCCUAAAGGCGUUGUUAAUAUUUUAUCAGGAUAUGGCGAACCUGCUGGCUCUGCUAUUGCCAAACAUAUGAAGAUUGAAAAGAUUGCUUUUACAGGAUCUACAAUUGUUGGGAAAUCGAUUCUUAAAGCAUCAGCUGAGAGCAAUUUGAAAAAAGUGUCAUUAGAAUUAGGUGGUAAAUCACCCAGUAUAAUUUUUGCGGAUGCAGAUUUAGAUGAUGCCGUGACUUGGACAAAUAUGGGAAUAUAUUAUAAUCAUGGACAAUGUUGCUGUGCUAGUUCUCGUGUUUAUGUUCAGGACACAAUCUAUGAUCAAUAUCUUGAAAAGUUCAAAGAGCACACCAGUAAACUUAAAAUUGGCGAUCCUUUCGCCGAUGAUACUUAUCAGGGACCUCAAAUAUCUCAGAAACAAUUUGAUAGAAUCAUGUCUUACAUAGAAACUGGUAAGAAAGAAGGUGCUACUUGUUUAGUAGGCGGUGAAAGACUUGGUGACAAAGAUGAAAUUUUCGGACCUGUGGUUGCAAUUUCAAAAUUUAAAACCGCUGAAGAAGCUGUUGAAAAAGCACACUUGACUAAGUAUGGUUUGGGUGCUGCUGUUUUUACCAAAGAUAUGUCAAGAGCAAUUAAAAUUUCUAAUUCAUUAAAAGCCGGAACAGUUUGGGAGUCUGGUGUGGGCCGUGAACUAGGUAAAUAUGGUUUGAGUCAAUACACCCAAGUUAAAACGGUUAAUAUUCAUUUAGAAAAUAAGUGA